UUGGAAUACCAAAAAACCUCAUCAUAGCAACCCUAUCAUAUUGCAGUCCUUCAGAAAUUGUCAUUCCGAAGAGGAUCUUUUGCCCUCAAGAUUGAUUCCUGUGUUCCUCCCAAAAGCCUGAAAUGUUACCCGAGGUGCUCAAACUUAUCCAACAGUCCGGCGAUAAAGCCGUCACAGUUGAAUCCCUUCUGGGCGGAAUCAGCGCAGAAUCUACGCCCCCGGAAAAGGCAAGUUCCCACCUGGAACAAGCGCUUGCUGAAGGCCGUCGUUUGGGGUUGGUAUCUGUGCAACGCAACCGCAUCAAACUGCUAGUGCCGUUGGAGAAUCCACAGGAUUCGCUCAAUUUCGCCUCCCAGCUACUACUACUGACUUCUGACGCUCCAGGACUCAAAAUUGAAAACGUUGAGGGCGUAGAACAAGCAACUGACGGGCAAAUGCUGCCACCGAGAACUUUUCCGCGCCUACCUGAGAAGCAACUGCGCGCAGGAUACGUCCCGUCUGAACUGGACCCAGUUCGGAAUGUGCGGCACCGGAUGACGGUAUCCGGAAUAACUCAAGCUGCUGCUGGAGCACAACGUGGUGGACGAACACGGAGUAGCGCGAGGAAACGGUCCCGUAGUCGUCGCAAUAGGUCCUCAUCGCGGUCACGCUCCAGAAGCCGAAGCAAUCGUCGUCGGGGCAGACGUUCCCGCUCUCGGCGCUAGAUGGUAAUUUUAAGGUAUGGCAUUGGUUUUCUUUAUCCAAAUUUUCAAUAAAUAUCUUAUAUUUUGAUAAU